AUUCAGAGGGAUCUAAUCUAUUUUCAGCCAUGAUAUCGUAGUGCCAACUCUUUUCCUGCUGGUUAAUAAUAAUAAGAGGUGAAAUAAGGUAAAUUAGUGACGUUGUACCUCCGACUCAAGCAAAAUCGGGAAAUCGUACCAUUCACGUUCCACACCUCCCAAGCCCAAAGCUCUUCUCAGUGCUCAUACAUAAAGGUCCACUUUCCCUCUGCUUAGCCACUUCCUUUUGCAAACAUACAUUCCAAUCCUCUCUUCAUCAAACAUCGAACAUCGAACGUCAAGACAAAGAAGAAUAAGAACUCUGCGCUUUUAAGACACUCGUCAAUCAAUCAACAAGACUCAUCAAACCACCCUUUUACCAACCAAAUCCAACAUCAUGCCUUUCACAGCAAGUCUGAUCAAUCACAUCAACGAGUAUCGAUUACUGACAUUCCACAAUAGCGAUAUCUGCAAGAUCAUUCUCGCCGUCAUCUUACCACCUCUUGGUGUAUUCCUUGAGAGAGGUUGCGGUGCCGAUUUGCUCAUCAACAUCCUGCUCACCAUCCUUGGAUAUAUCCCCGGUAUCAUUCACGCUCUAUACAUCAUUCUAAAGUAUUAAGCUUCUCAUGACAACGACUUUCUUCAAACUCAAAAAUAAACGAUAUACCCCUACUCGACUUCGAUCAUACGAUACCUCAAGCAUCUUCCCACCUCUUUCACAUCUUCUCGAAAUCAGGUCUGACCAAUACGGUUCGUACUCAGACAUGUUAAUGAACAACCAACCUCUUGGCAUCGGAAGAGUCGGCUGCUGAAUAUUUCUCGGCUUGAAAUUAUGAUGGCUUGGGAGUUGGAGACAUAAACAUGCAUGGGCAUGGGUCAUUUGGGACGAUUAUGAUUUUCUGAUUAAUACUCUUUUCUUGCGCAUUUCAUACAUGGGGUUUUCAUGGAAUGGUUUUUCUCGUUUGGUUUUUUGGCAGCAUGUCUACGGACCUGCGGUGCAAUAUGGGUCUUUAGGGGGGGGGGGGAUUGUACAGAGAGAUGGAUCAAUGGAUAAUAUAAUGAAUGAUUACAAUCUGAUUACAGAAUAUGAAACGUUUGGAAAUAU